UCCUUUCCCGCCACACGAUUUUCCGUUUCGUUCCGUUGUGAAUGCCGCAACCUGUCCUGGUGACAGGAGAACAAUAUUGGUGAACGUCGCAGUAGGUGUCCGAGUGCUCCGUGUGCCCCUGAAAGCGGGUGGGAGCGGAAACCCGGGCGGCCUCGGCCUCCGACGAUAGCGCGCUAUCUGCCGCUGCGGCGCGGGUCUGGGCUAUUUCUGGCCCGGCCGCGGCACUGUGGUGGGUGCGGGCGUGCCGGGACCCUGCGGGGGCGGGGCGGCCUCAUGGGUCGGCUCUCCCUCCUACGCCUCUCGCUCCAGAGCAAGCCGGGCCGCCGUCCUCUCGCCAUGGGCUCUGGGCCGCGCGGGGCGCUGAGCUUACUGCUCUUGCUGCUGGCGCCGCCGAGCCGCCCGGCCGCAGGUUGCCCGGCGCCCUGUAGCUGCGCGGGGACGCUAGUGGACUGCGGGCGCCGCGGGCUGACUUGGGCCUCGCUGCCGACCGCCUUCCCUGUCGACACAACCGAGCUGGUGCUGACCGGCAACAACCUGACGGCGCUGCCGCCGGGGCUGCUGGACGCGCUGCCCGCGCUGCGCGCCGCACACCUGGGCGCCAACCCCUGGCGCUGCGACUGCCACCUGGUUCCGCUGCGCGCCUGGCUGGCCGGCCGCCCCGAGCGUGCCCCCUACCGCGACCUGCGCUGCGUGGCGCCCCCAGCGCUGCGCGGCCGCCUGCUGCCCUACCUGGCGGAGGACGAGCUGCGCGCCGCUUGCGCUCCCGGCUCGCUCUGCUCGGGGGCGCUGGCGGCGCAGCUCGCGCUGCUGGGCCUGGGGCUGCUGCACGCGCUGCUGCUGGCGCUGCUCCUGUGCCGCCUGCGGAGGCUGCGCAUCCGCGCUCGCGCCGCGUCCCCGCUGUCGCUGACCGUCCCGCUGGUGGACGAGUCGGCUGGAACCGGCGCGUCCUGAGGACAGACCCGGCGCUGAGCAACGCGGGCCUGCAAACUCGACAGGACCCUGCCCAAGGAGCCCUCGCGCCAACCUGGACCCGCCUCGGCCUCCUCCGCUGCCCAAUCCCUCAGACCCGCCCCACCUGCAGGCCCAGACCCACGUGGGGCAGAACUCCUGCCCACUUUACCCCGAGGGAGGCGAACCCGCACCUCCAGGCUUCGGAGGACCGUGGGGCACAAUGCGGUCCAGACCCUGGUUCUUCCUCCAAACUCUGGUGCUGAAUAAAUCCUUCUGAUCGGG